AUGAUUGGCUUCAAAACAGCAAGUGCGGCAAACAGAGCCAUAAGAUUCGGACUAUUUGUGGAGUGCACAAAGGUAAAUUGCAGAAAACUACUACAGGAACCAUUGAGAUGCGUCAAAUGUCAGUUCUACAACACGGGACACAUUGCGAAAACCUGCAACUCAAUCCACAAUACCUGCGCACGAUGUGGAGAGAUGCACCGCACCAGCACAUGCACCGCUACAGACGAGCAAAUAGCAUGCUCAAACUGCAGGGCCAACAACCUCCCAGCACACGGACACGGGGCCGCUGACCGAGCCUGCCCAAUAUUCAUCAAUAUCUUAUGGGACAAUCACCAACACAACACAGACGCGCAGCACCGAUACUACCCAAUCGCCGACGAACCGGACACCUGGGAGACUACACACACAAACACACCAGAUAUCCAGCACCAAGGACGCACAUUCCAGGGCAGCAACCAACCAACAACACGCCCGACACCAGCAGCAAACGCCACGACCACAACCGGCACCACCACCACACCACCAGCGACGCAAUGGCCAAACAUGCGCAUGGAACCAACACCACCACAAGCUCAGAAACCCGCCCACUGGGCGCGCACUUUCAGCAACCAGACAUGGCCAGGGCCAAUCCUGCGGCAGACCAUGCUACCCUUCCAACCAGCACACCGCGCCACACGCCCGCUAUUGCCGCCAUACUCAACAGAACCAUACCCUGGACCUCAGUCUGGAUCAUGGGCUGAUCAAGUCACUGAACACAGCACCGGAAACCCCCUCUUCCUGCAGGCAACCCCGCCAAACAGGAGAUGA